AUUGGGGAACAUGUGUUUUCCCCCUUGAGAAGGGCGAGAAUGGCGAGAAUAAAUAUCAUGGAGCUGCCCCCGUACUCUCUCCAAUUGGGGCCCUCACCGUCCAAAUCAGAGGUAUCAUCAAUCAGCGCGGAACUGCGUAGUCGGGACAAUGCUGUUCAAUCUCGUUUCUCUACUCCCAGCCGGGAUGCUCCUGAGUGGAGUUCAGGCUGCCCCUGCUGCUGCCACCCGCGACGUCCCCGCAGGAUUCGUGACGGUCGAAGGAGAGAAAUUCAAGCUUGACGGGAAGGACUUCUACUUCGCAGGGAGCAAUGCCUAUUACUUCUCCUUCAGCGGCACCCAAGACGACGUUGAGAAGGGCAUGACAGCUGCGCAGGAGGCCGGCCUCAAGGUAUUCCGCACCUGGGGCUUCAACGACAAGAACGUGACCUACGACCCCAAUGGGCUUCCGCAAUACGGCGGCGAGGGAGCUGGCGCAACCGAAGUUGUCUUCCAGAGUUGGGACAAUGGCAAGCCGACCAUCAAUGUCGAGCCUUUCGACAAGGUCGUCGAUGCGGCCACCAACACGGGCACCAAGCUCAUCGUCGCGCUCACCAACAACUGGGCAGAUUACGGCGGCAUGGAUGUCUAUACCGUCAAUCUCGGUGGGAAGUACCACGAUGAUUUCUACACCGUCCCCGUGAUCAAGGACGCUUUCAAGGCAUACGUCAAGGAGAUGGUGACGCGCUACAAGGACUCGCCGGCGAUCAUGGCCUGGGAGCUCGCAAACGAGCCCCGCUGUGGCGCCGACGGCGUCCGCAACCUCCCGCGCAGCGACACCUGCGGCCCCGCGGUCCUUUCUGCCUGGAUCGAGGAGAUGAGCGUGUACAUCAAGAGCCUCGACCCCAACCACCUCGUGACGUGGGGCGGCGAGGGCGAGUUCAACAUCAAGUCGGACGACUGGGCGUACAAUGGCGCCGAUGGCGGCGACUUUGACCACGAGAUCUCGCUCGACAGCAUCGACUUUGGCGUCUUCCACUCGUACCCCGACUGGUGGUCCAAGACGGUCGACUGGACCAGCCAGUGGAUCCGCGACCACGGCGCCGCCGGGCGCAAGGCUGGCAAGCCCGUCGUCCACGAGGAGUACGGCUGGCUCAGCCCCGAGGGCCGCCUGCAGAACCUGGGCACCGUCGAGAACGUCACCCGCACCGAGGUCAUCUCCGGCUGGCAGAAGAUCAUGGUCGAGGAGAAGAUGAGCGACAUGUACUGGCAAUUUGGCUACUCCGGCUACUCCUACGGCCGCAACCACGACGACGGCUUCACCAUCUUCUUGGAUGACGCCGAGGCCCAGCCGCUCGUCUAUGAUCACGCAAAGGCUGUGAACGCCCUCAACAACAACAAGUGUCGGCGCAGGGCUUGA